AUGAGGAAGCAAAGGAAGACAAGAGAAGAAGAGAUGGAAAAUGGGAAUGGAGAAGGAAAGGGAGAGUUCAUAAACAAAAACAGUAACGGUUUCUUCCAUGAAACCAUGUCAAUGCUUUCCUCUCUUCCUCCUCCUCCUCUUACUCCCUGGGACUCAUCAUCUCUCCCCCCUCCUCCUCCUCAAUCACUCUUCCACGCUCUCACCGUCUCUAACCAAUUCCAUCAACCACAGGAGUCUAGCGGUCCAACAACAACGGGUAGCCAAGAUGGGUUGCAGCAGGCGCAAGGGCCUGUCUCAACCACGAGCCCACCUGUGGCUCGCCAAAAGCCAAGGGUGCGAGCUAGGAGAGGCCAGGCAACCGAUCCUCACAGCAUCGCUGAGCGGUUGAGAAGGGAACGCAUUGCAGAGAGGAUGAAGUCUCUCCAAGAACUGGUUCCCAACACCAACAAGGUUCUUUCAUGA